AUGUAUCAAGGCAUGGAGCGAUAUCUCGGUGAGUGGUGGCACCUUGCCGUCAUACCCAUGAUCAUUAGCUACGUUCUUGCCGCUGUAUUAUGGAUCGUGGGCUACACCUCUUUAGCAAGAAAUUCUGGUGAUUGGACUGUGUCUCUUAGCAAGCUAGAGGAUGCCUCUUCAAUGGGCCCGUAUCAUCUCUUGCUGCUAUCAAGCAGUUUCUACGCAUUUGCAGUGCUUCUAACAUUCUUUGAAGCCUCGCAUCUUCUCCAAGUUGACUCUACUUUGGGGCCGCUGCACCUGUCCCUUAUGAUGAUGACCAAGGAUAUUGUCAGAUUUUUCGCGCUUUUUGCCCUGAAUUUUUGCGCGUUUGCUCUUGCCAUGAGGAAACUGUACUCUCAGUACGUGCAGCUGACUGCAGCACAAGUUGCCAAGAGCAGUAACGCCACUAACACAUCCCACCCUUUUGAAAGGUAGGAAACAGAGACAAUGUGCAUCUAAUUCCAAAAGGAUAGCAAAAUAAUGCUUCCCCUUAAACUAGACUCUGAUAGCCACUUAUCAUGAAGACAAAUCAAAAAAAUGUAAAGCCGUUUUGAUUUUUAUUGAUUUUCAAUAUCAACCAAUUAAUUGUGAUUGAUUUUUAUUGACUAUUAUUGAUGUUAUUGAUUAUUGAUUUUCAUUAAAUGGUAUCUUCGUGAACCAAGGCAUCGGCCUUGAAAUCCCUGCAACGUUUACGUUUCAUCACAAGAAAGAGUCAAAGAUACUGAAACUAAGAGAACUAUGUAAUGAAUGGCAAGGAGGAUAAAGUUGAUAAACAGGGGCUUAGAACACAGCAUCAUUUUCGUAUAUCAUCGCACCUAGCUGUUGACAGAAACGUUAAAGAUUACUCGAUUGAUGUAAUGUUACUGUAUUUUAGUUUUGCUUAAAUUGUGACUGUGUACUGAUAAUACCGCCAAAUUCUACUUAUAUCGGGAAUAUCGUGGUAUCGGGGUUCUGUUUCAUACAUUUUACUGUAACUUUUGCCGGGACAUAGAAUAUUCAUAGUUAUUAAACUAGAACAUCGUUUUAUCGAGGAUCGUUAAAUUGCGUUUCCACUAAGUGUAUAUGUGAGCUAACAGAUAGCUUGUACGUGUUCUUUUAACAGAAUCGAGGGAACCGUGGAGACAUUGUUUUGGGCAUUGUUCGGACAUGUCGAAUUUUCUGCUUUUGAAACGGACGAGAACUCAAAGAUUACCAUGGUUACAGGACAGAUUUUGUUCGCAGUAUACAGCCUCGCUUCCAUACUGGUUGUACUAAACCUACUGAUCGCUAUGCUCAAUAACUCAUACAAGAAGGUUGAUGUAAGUGCAAUGUUGUGUCUACACAAAUCGGUUUAUGAUAAAAUUGUAAACGCAUACAAACUAACGUGCCAAUGGAUGGGUCACACAAGAACAGUAUAAUUGAUAUUGCGCCAACAUCCCUUUCCACGUGUUCUCAGCCAUAAAAGGAGAAGUUUGCAUGUAAUAUCACAGUAACACGUACGUACAUAGCAUAAGUAAAUAUUGCAACCCUGGAAAUAAUAAUUAAUAAUAAAGAAAAAUGUGGUUAGCUUACGAAAGGAUGAGGAAAACAUAUCAUGAAGACUUUUGUUUUUCGACCAUCGUAGUUUAAACAAAAAUGAAACACCAGCAGCGGUGAUAAACGUCGUGAAAUUUCGUAUUUUGAUAAGUGACGUAUCGUAUGCUAGUCAACAACCAUUUUCAAAAGUGUUCUAAAGUGACCUUUACAGAUUAUGACGAGACUAUUUACACAAAAUUUACAAGGGGUCUGGGAGUGAGAUUAAGAAGACAAAAUUCUUAACAGUUAUAAUUACAUAAGGCAACAGCUAACAAAGCAUCAGCUUGUCACUGCUGAUGUUGACCUGGUGUUGUGCUUGACCCGCUAAUUAAUAACAGACGAAUAAGUGCUUUGCUUCAUUUUAUCCGGUCACAACCUUUACUUUUAUCGUUGAAAGAAGUUGAAAACAUGAUUUUCAUCAAAAAAUGACUUGACCAUCCGCUAUUUGUGACGUCAUAUUUCGUAACCAUAGACACUGGUCGUCACUAAACUUGUCUCAAAAUGCGCGCGAGGGAAAAACGAACUGCAACUGAAAAAGUCUGGGGCUGAUGUUUCAUUGUCUAGGAAUUCUCAGUGGUCUUAUACGUCAGAAGUUAAAACUUUGGCCGGAGUUCAGCCCACGCCAAAACUUUACGCGUUCUUAGUUUGAAAGUGAUUUGCGUUGUGAAGUUGUCUGAAAUGAACUGAGCUUAUUACUGUGUGAUAAAUAAUACCAGGUAUAUUACCUUUAAGGAGAUUUACUUCAGUGGCUUCGAAAUCCCUGUUUUUAUUACACAGUGCAGUUUUCUAACACAACACUUGUUGGAGAUCGACACGACAUCUAGAUCCGAAGACCUUUGCCUUAAAUUACCUUCAUGUUAUAAGUAUUUUAUACGUCUAUAUUUGCUUUCUUUCAGAAAGAGAAGGACACUAAAUUCAAGUUUGCGAGGACGCGUCUCUGGAUGUAUUACAUCAGUGAAGUCAGUCCUCUACCACCGCCAUUUAACCUGAUACCAGUAGAAAAAAUUGCCUCCGCAGUCCGUUGGCUUGCUAGAAGAUACAAUUGGGUUAAAAAAGUAAGUAAGUAAGUAAGUAAGUAAGUAGCAAAGCCUCACUGCACGCACAUGAAAAAUGAUUUAAAUGUUAAGAAAUUAAAAAGGAAUUAAUUUUUUGGUAAAAACUAAAACAACUAUGGACACGAACCAAGGUCACAAGUUUUUAAAUCUACUAAAUAUUUCUUACGAUAAUCGAUCUAUAAUUUAUAUUAUCGAGACACAUGUUAGGAGACGUAAAUGCGCAUGUUUCUUUGGUUUUUAUUCUCGUACAAAUAGUUCCUCAAGCUUUAUGCCUGAAACUAUCCGGAUAGGUUGCAUACUUGGCCUGAAAUAAAAACGCGCGUUUUCUUUCGCUUGCUGUCGUCGUUUUUGUUGCCGUUGUUUGGCUACUUCAAACACUGUUUUCAUGGUAUUAUCCUUAGAGUCUUUUGUAUUCCUUUUUUAGUGUCUUGGUUGUAUCAAAACAGAAGAAAUUACAUCAGAUACAGUUAAAACUAAUCAGAAAAGGGUAAGUAUAUCAAUUUUUAGAAAAUUAGAAUGAACCUUUAUUCUCGUCAUAUAAGUAAGAAUAGUGAUAACCAAAGUAAAUCAACCUCAAUAAAAGCGCCGGUCUCAGAGAAAAUGUACCUUCGACCAGGAGGGAAGAAAGCAGGCUCUCCUAUAAAAUUUCUGAGGUUCUCCUUGAAAAUUCCCUUUUAGAAGUGCUACGUCUAAAACAACACAGCAGGACUAGCUCAGUCAGUAGAGGGGCUUGACAGCAGAGCAAGAGUGUCGCGGUUUCGACCCUUAGGGUCUGGCCAGUAUAGCUGACAGGGUCCACAAGAUACUGCGAAAUAAAUGUUUUGCCUUUGCUUUGCAAAUGGCUGGUCCUUUGCGUGGCUCGAACGAUGACCACGUAAAAUGGCAGUCCUAUCUCCAGUAUGGAAACGUAAAAUACAGUUGUCAAAUUGUACUUUCGUGCUCAAUACAUUGACACUGCAAUAAAGCGCGCUUUUUAAAAUUUUGAUCGGCAAAUUCUCAUUUGAAAAAAUGAGUCGUGUCAUAAAUCGGUAGGUGAUCAUUUAAUAACUUAGCUAGACAGUGCAGUGUUCUCAGUCGAGGACGAGCGAAACUAUAUAAGGCUUUCAAAUUUCAAAAGCUUUUUCACAUAGGGGCAUUAUUCUUCAGCGAAUAAUCUAUAAAGAAUUAGAACGGAAGCAUGGGAGGCAGGCAUGGAAGAGGAAGCGUUAGUAGCAAUGAAAUAGUUAAGCUCGCCAAUUAUUAACAUCAAUUUUAAAAAUUUCCCUAUAAACGUAAGCCAUGUUCGACAAGUCGUUACAAGGUAACUAUUUUGCAUCCUUUGCUUUCUCAUUCUUUUGUCUUUUACAUUCUCCUCAUUUUUUUAAUUUUUUAUUUUUUAUUUUUUGAAGUAACAGUGAGUGCUAUUUAUUUCUCGGUUCUGUACCUGAAUACCAUGCAUAGAGUAGAUGGCCUGCAUAUUGAAGGUCCUGAACUUAACACUUUGAACUUAGUUAUCAUGAUAUUUAGUCGAAAUAGUAAAAGAGUUGUUUGACUUACAGUUUGAUUAACCACGCUUUGUUUGUUUUUGUUUUCUGUUUAGCGACGUGUCGUUAUCAAAAAUUUGAUACAUCGCUAUUUUUCUGGUAAACAAAAUACACUAAGGAAGGAGCCCGAUAAGAAUACCACCCCCUCAGACGAGGAUACCCCCGAGGAGGAAGAUGAGGUACAAACCAAACUGAUGGAGGUCACUAAAACAUUGCAAAGCCUGCAAAAAGCAGUUCAUCAGUUUCGCCGUAAGACACCAAGGGUAAGAAUAAGGGAAGACGAGCUCUUUUUCCUUAAACUUUGAUUCAAUUUGUUUUUGAAGAUGAACAUGAAUAUGAAAGCCAUGGAUCAGAGGACAAAAAUAACUACCGUCUUCUGUGAGACCGUCUUAUCUGAAGUAAGCUCGCUUGAACACCAGAAGGCGCUAUUGGCUACAGUCAUGUUUUUUUUUUAUUAUAUGUGAAGUGACGAAUGCUAUGUGAACAAUGAUUUUGUCAAUGGAAGGCGUUUUCCUAAUAAUGUGUAGUUUAAAGCUCGUGUUAGCUGGUAUUCGUGAAAAAGGCAAAUUCAUAAAAAAUAUCGUGAACUAAUUCCUUUAAAAGACUUUGGCAAUUUAAUUAUACAUGACUUUACUGAAAGUAGCUUAUUAGAAGCCAAGGGUCCCUUUGUAUCCUAUUUACUAACGUAAACCUAUUUUUGUUGUUUCAAGGAAAAAUCGCGAUACCAAACCAAGAAACUGAAAUAAAAGACAGAGCCUCAUCUUAGAGGACAUAUGCGAGAACGGAUAAUCUAAACACAAAUUACUUGAAUGUAAGAGUAGUGGCAGUAAAUGCUGGACUGAAGCAAAAAGAGAAAGGGUUGUGCAAAUGAACUAGCGUGGACUGCGGCCCUUUGAAGCACAGAUGGAUGGGCGGGUGCCAGGGAAAGAUAUGAUGCGGUACCGACUCAAGCGUCCUUUUGAGAUAUGACACGAUUUACAAGAAAAAACUGAAAGUAAAAAAAACUCUUACCAUACAGUAAAAAAAAUGCGACAUUUGUCCCUGUUCUCGCAAUGAACUGAGAUCUCUUCUGUACGACGAAGCUGAAAUUUUUCUAAAAACUCAGGUCUACAACAAGUAAUGAUACUGAGAUUUCCAGUAACUGCUUUAUUUUUCAAUAUACAAAUCGCCAAAAAGUGAAUUCGCAGUGUUCAAUCACCUGCAAAUUAUUUGUCUAGUUCUGCAAACCAACAGGAGUAAUAGUCCGGUUGAUAAUUUUUAAGUAGUUUUGGUUAGGUACUGACGUCUAAGCAGUUGUCCUUUUCGUAAACGGUCGCUGACAUUUUUAAGACGCUGAAAAAAUUGUUGACCAGUCAUUGAGAGUGUUUCUAUUAAAAAGAAAGAAAAUCGCAACGCAGGGUCGAACCCGGACCUCGAGUUCGGACCUUUCACAUCCUUAAUUCUCUCCCUUACCACUCGGCUACACUACCAC